UGGUCGGCUGACGUAGCACUUCCGGGUCAGGCCGCUGCAGCAGCUCGGUGUCAGCAGGAGCUGCAGCUUCACAGCUUUGUUUUGGUUUGGUUUGGUUUGGUUUGUUUGGUCCGUGAAGGCGGCGGCGCGGGGCUGCGCGGCGCGGCCCCGAGCACGAGGCACCGGCAUGGGUACGUGACGAUGAGGACGGCCCCUCCCUCCCCCUCUCCUCCCUGCGGCUCCUCGUCCCGCCGCUCCGCCUGCUGUCGGCGGCCAUGUGGCAGGUCGCCCGGCGACAGAGCGUCAGGCAUUAUGGGAUGCUGGAGGACUUCAUCACCAUGGUUACCGAGGCUGUCCCGCACCUGGUGACCGAGAGGCAGAGGAGCCUGCUGCUGCUGGCGCUGAGGGCCAAGGUGACCCUGUGUGACUCAGAAACACAAACGCUGCAAACCCAGCUGGACAGGAUCCAGGCGGUCGCCAUGGCAACGACUGACCUGGCUGUGGCUCAGUGGUGUUCUGCUCUGGCUGACAGACUCAGGCAGAAUCCUGCAGACAGACAGCGCCUCCUGCAGGAAGUGUUUGACCAGAGUUUUGACUUGGCUCUUCAGUCUCUCUUGUCUGACUUCCUGUCCCGACUCGACCAGCUGUUCCCAGUGCCUGGCUUCAAACAGGCUGCCUCCUGGUUGGACAGCGCCCCUGCUGGUCUGGAGGACUGUCUGCAGGAGGCGGACCGCGAGGAGCUGAAGGCUCUGCUGGCCAAUCAGAGCUGUCGGCUGGGACAAGUGACCCGCCUUGUUGGCUCCGCUGCCGAGGACGCCCUCCUCUCCGCCUGGUCCCGCCCCUCCCCCACCAAACCGACCAAUCCCUGCCCUCCCGCUGACACAGCCGACCAAUCGGAGCAUCUCACUGUCUGGGUUAGCCCCGCCCAGCAGGAAGUGGAGCUGGCGAUGGAGGAAGUGGUGGAGACACAGGAAGUGGAACCGGAGGCUGUGAUUGGCCCGGCCCGGCCGUCAGUGAAGCGGACAGAGGAGGUGGGCGGGGCUGAAGGAGUCGUCACUCCUCUGAACCAGGAGGAGGAGAGCAGGGGGCAGAGUGCAGCUCCAUCUGUCACAGCACAGCAGAAGAAGAACGACAGCGACUCAGGAGGACCAACGCAGCUCGCUCUGUCUGAACGAGACAGGUUGACUGACUCACCAGAACACUCUGCAGACCAGCCAGAGCACAGAGACACAGCUGACCAAUCAGAGGAGCCCACCCCCUUCGCCAUCAUAUCCCAUAAUGCUCAGCGUGUGGCUCACAAGUGUCCUCAGUGCGGCAAAUGUUUCAUCUACAGAUCCCAGGUGAUCCGUCACCUACGUACCCAUAAGUCCCGGCGGCCGGCCCUCAGGACGUCCGGCGCCCAGCAGCAGCGCGGUCAGUCAGGUUGUCAUGGAGACGAGCCCCGCCCCCCGCGAGCCCACUCCUGCUUCCAGUGUGGCGCCGACUUCAGGAGCCGAGCGGAGCUGACGGCGCACCAGCGCUCCCACAGGUCCCGCCCCCUCUACCAGUGCUGCCAGUGCGACCGCAGGUUCCGCCUCCUCUCCAGCCUGACCAAUCACAAGCAGACGCACGCCGCGGGCGGCGGCUUCUCCUGCAGCAAGUGCGAGCAGGUGUUCGAGUCCGCCCGCGAGCGGGACGCCCACCGGCAGAAACACCGGCUGCCCAGCCUGCCCUGCCCGGUCUGCGGCGCCCCCUUCAGCUCGCAGGCCAGACUGCUGCGGCACCUGCAGACUCACCCCGCCGAGGGGGCGGAGCCUCGCUACACCUGCCGCUUCUGUGAGCUCACCUUCACAGGUGUGACCCAGCUGCGUAUCCACCAGCGGAGCCACACCCCCCGCUCCUUCAGGUGCGAGCAGUGCCACAAGGCGUUCGGCACGGCGGGCGGGCUGCAGGCGCACCGGGCCAGCCACUCGGCCGAGCGCCGCUUCCUGUGCUCGCACUGCGGGAAGUGCUUCAGGUCCCGGGACGGGCUGGAGGGCCACCAGAGGACGCACACCGGCGAGCGCCCGCACCGCUGCCCCCACUGCCCCAAGGCCUUCACCGCGCUCGCCGGCCUCAACGUGCACGUGCGGCGCCACACCGGCGAGCGGCCCUACGUGUGCACGGUCUGCGGCAAGGGCUGGCCGUCCGGCGGAGACCUGCAGAAACACAUGAGGACGCACACGGGCGAGAAACCCUACACCUGCCAGGACUGUGGAAAGGCCUUCUCCAUAUCCUGUCACCUGACCGAGCACCGCCGCACACACACAGGAGAGAAGCCGUUCACCUGUCCAGAGUGUGGCAAAGCUCUGAGGAGGAAGUUUGACCUGAACAAGCACCUGCUGUCCCACAGCGACACGCGCCCCUUCACCUGCAGCCACUGCCCCAAGAGCUACACCCGCCGCACACACCUGACCCGCCACCUGCUCACACACACACCUGACCCGCCACCUGCUCACACACACACCUGACCCACCACCUGCUCACACACACACCUGACACACACACACCUGACCCGCCAC